AUGGUGACGAUACAGACAUUUUUCGAACUGUAUUCAGGAUGCAUACUGAACUUCACAUCACUUCCCUACCAACCAAACGGAGACUGCAUAGAUCAUAAACACCUUCUCAAAAUCAAAGCAUGGGGAACUCUCCCAACCACCCUUUGUUGCCAAUCCCCUUUAACCCUAAUCUCCAAAUCUCUUGCUCGAUUAUCCUCCAAUUCUUCACCAUCAUCUUCAAUCUUUCUCGAUUCAAAUCAAUGGUCAUCCUGCAGCCGCUCUUCCAUCUUCCAACCCCAACAGGAACUCGUCAGCUUCGGCAACUGUAACUUCAACAAUUUCUUCAAAGAAGCCGGUUCUUGUUCGGCCCUUACCCUGGCCAGUCUCAAAAACAAUCAGGAGUUCAAGAACGCGAGUUCGAUUUGCGCAAAAUUUGGCCAAUCUGGCAGUUCGUUUGAUGAGACAUGUAGGGAUUGUAGUCGUGCGGUGAUGCAGGCGCGGGGUUCGGUUGUAAAGAACCUGCAGGCGAACGAGAAUGAAACGGAGAGCCAGGUUUGUGGGGUGGCAGUUGUGACAGCUCUUGUUUCCGAGAACUGGAACGAGAGCUCGUCUGCGGUGGUUGAUGAUAUUUAUGGGUGUUUGCGAAUAUUGGAUGUGCAUGGUAAGAAUUUAACGAUUCAUCAAUACCUAAAAACAAACACUCGAAACUCUUUUGGAUUUCCCGUCGUUGAUUUUGGGUUAUUUUUGUUGUUUUCUUUUCUUAACAGAUCCAGGCUACAUCAAACUAAAACGUAAGUUACUUCAAGCUUUUAUCUUGCUCGUU